UUAUGCGAGGUCAAAAUUUAUGGUUGGGACGUGUUCAAUUUUUUUGUUAUGUUUGUAGUUAAGUUUUAAUUAUUCAUGAAAGUACCUGUACACUUUGUACUUGUGAAAUUAUAGUUCACGUACCGUAUCUUAUAAACAAGAUGCAACUAUUAAUGCAGGAAUAUAAAAUAAGCACUUUAUUGCAACCUGAAAGUUCUCCGGUUAUGAAACUCUUUGUACACUCUUCUAUUUCUGAAACUAUAGCUGAAGUUUCGCAGUGAGGAGUUUGAAAAUCAAUACAAGUUCUCUCAGUUAAAACGCAAAUUAAAACCGAAUAAAAGCGAGUCUUCACACAAAUGAAGAUAUCCUUAUUGAAGUUAACAACGAAAAUAAGCUUAUUCAACAAGCACUAAUGGAAAUCGAAAGUUGCUUCGUAGCCUCUUUCGCCAUUUUGUCUGAUCUUUGAGCAUCAUUAAGUACCAGUGAAUCUCAUUGGACCAGAAACAUAACCGUUUUAUUGCAAUUAACUUCGUAAAUAGAAUUUCACUCUCAUUGACUUUGAAGUUUUUCUAGGUCUCGUGUAGUUGAGAUUCCCAUGAAAUCCGUUCUCUAACAAGCAGUUUAUCCGAGCAUUAAGGCGUCGAGCAACCCUCGAAACUAAAUUAGACCUCGAGAUUAGCUACCUCGAGUGUCGAUAAGCGGAAAAUGAACGUGGAAGAAGAAUCGUCGACGGUCUAACUUCUAAGCGAUAACGAUUUACGAGAUGAACCGUUUCACCUUACACCCCUAAUCUUUUAAACGCGCUUAUAGCAAUCAUGAACUUGCGAAUUUUAUCCAGAAAUAACCGAGUAUCCAUGUAUCAGCAUAUUGCUUGAGAUUAAUAUUCUUGGAAAUAAUGAUUUUUCAUUUGAUGCUUGAUAGCGAUUAUAGAUACGUCAAGUCGUUUAUAUAAUGAUCGCUGCAAACCUUUUUGUCGCAAUUAUCCUGUUAGAUGCUUAUAUUUAUGCACUGUAAUAUAUUUACCCAAGGCGAACAAAUAUUUUUUUCCUUGCAUCUGUUUUGAGAAUAACACGUUUUUAAGGUGAUGAUUAUAUGCGACUAUAUUACCCACACUUGUUAUAAUUAGAACGGCAUUAGAACUGCAAAUCACCAAGGAGGUUCAAUUCGAUGUAUUCCGACAGACAACAUACGAACUUAUGUCCGAAUUAAGUUAACUUAAACUGCAUUCAAUUAGCGUAUUAAACUGUGAAGUGAUGAAUGAGGUUAGACAGUUCGCUCAAAUGAGGUUAAGUAAGUCUCAUUUUCUCAGUCUGCAGAGUGAUUUAUUUUACUACUCCGUAUUAUCGAUCCAAUCAUUUCCUUCUAUCCUUAUUUUCUAAACGCGAGUAACAUAAACGAGCUCCAGAAACGUGUGUUAAGUAAUCCGGUAAAGUCAGUCGGUGAGUUCAGAAGCGACCAAGCAGGAAACAAGUCGGUGAACUCGGCAGAGAUAGGUCCUUAGUCCUCUAGGAACUCGACCCGAUGCUAGAUCGUACCAGGACAGUUGCUUGUGCAACUUUCUCGUUGGAGGAUUUGCAAACACGGAAGAGGUUUCAAACCAGCCUACUGAGUUCCACUGGUGGUCGCAGUGUACGCAGACCCGUGGUAACGCUCGGAUCGUUCGUCCUUGACAGAACAGAUCUAGCCAAGAAGAUUGCAAGAGGGAGAACGAGAACGGCUGUGCAACCGAUGCAGCUUCGUUGAACGGCGCGGGAUCACGUACGAAGGACGCUAUCGAUGAUCUCGAUCGUUGUCGCGACGACGACUCCACCAGGAUGCCAGAGUUAAAGGGCGAUCAGGACCAGGUGAACGACGAGGAAGUUUGCCUGGAUUUGAGCGAACCGUCACCCGAGGUGAUGGAUUACGCCAGGAGGGAACUGGGAGAGACUGAGGAGGUCAGGUGCAGCACUCUUCAGGAACUGAGAGAUAUGAUUUAUGAGAGAGGCGAGUGCAUGCCGCACAGAAUGGAUGACGACUUCUUGAUCAGAUUCCUGCGAGCGAGGAACUUUAAUGUGAACCGUGCUCACCGAUUGAUAGUGAAUUACUGCAACUUCAAAGAGGAGCAUCCAGAGAUUCAUCAGGAUGUGAGUCCAGUGGAGAUGAAGCAUAUCGGCGAGGACGACGUGAUGACGGUGCCUGCUUACAGGACACAAUGCGGCAGAAGAAUAAUGAUCUAUCGAUUGGGAAACUGGGAUCCAAGAAAAUAUUCCGUGGAGGAGUUAUUCAAGGCUACGGUUAUCAUACUGGAGCUCGGGGUCUUGGAGCCCAGAGCACAAAUUCUUGGCGGCGUCGCCAUUUUUGAUCUGGAAGGCAUCACCAUGGCUCAUGCCUGGACCAUUACUCCACAGAUAGCCAAUAUGGUGACGGCACUGAUGGUGACGGCGUUUCCCAUGAAAACAUACGCCAUACAUAUUCUACAUCAAUCCUGGGUGUUCGACGUGAUGUUUUCGGUGUUCAAGCCGCUGUUGGACGUCCGGAUGCAGAACAAGAUCUUUUUCCACGGUAGCAACAUGGAUAGUCUUCAUCAACACAUUUCUCCGACUCAUUUGCCGAAGAAAUAUGGCGGAACCAGAGAGGAAUUGGCUUACUACAAAUGGAUCGAUAAUCUCAGCAAGGUGCCUAAGAUCGUUAAGGAAAUGAAGCAGCUUGGUUACAUCGUCCCUGAUGAGAUACAGAAACAAGUGGACCAAUCUUCGGAUGAUUGAAGAAACGGGAGGAGCGGAGAGAACUUCUGAGACAUUUUAUUCAGAAUGUUCUGCGCGUUAUUUUGUACUGCCGAUUGUAGUAGCUAUACUUAGAAUUAACCUUUGGAUAUAUGGCGUGAUGCGUGGCGAAUGUGGGGCUGCACAGUGAUAAAAGAUUUGUCGGGAUAGUUAAUACUAUAUGUUUUAAAUAUUUAAAUCUGGAAGGCCAUUUUAGGGGCGAGACAAAAGGCUGUCAGCGUAAAAGUUUAUAAGAUUUUCUAUUUUUUUAUAUAAAACAGAUUAGAGGUUAGGUCUUGAAUGACUCGGUAUCCGAGGGUUAAUAAACAAGAAUUUAAGAACGGUCGAGGAGUACUUUCCUUUCAUCUUUUUACGAUUCAUAAGCCGAUUUGUAUCAUUAUUUUAAUGUACUUAUUCUCUGUUAGAAUGGAAGCAUAUUUUCAUUUUUUGAGUACACUUUAUUCUAGUUAGUAAGGUAUAUUUCCUUUUCAUCCAUUGUAAGAUUGAAACAUUGAUUAAAAGCAGCGAACAAGGGAUCGUUAGCGAUUGUA